UGCUAAUGCUAUUGCUAAUGCUAAUGCUAAUACUAGUGCUAUUGCUAAUGCUAAUGCUAAUACUAAUGCUAAUGCUAUUGGUAAUGCUUACGCUAAUGCUAAUGCUAAUACUAAUACUAUUGCUAAGGCUUAUGCUAAUGCUUAUGCUAUUGCUAAUGCUAAUGCUAAUGCUAAUGAUAAUGCUAAGGGAAUCACUUUAGCCUCGGAAUACACACCAAAAGACGGGCAAUGCCAAGCCGUCUGCUGUGAUGGAGCAGGUGGAGCAUUAACUGUAGAAAGGAAGUGCACUCCGACAGACAAGUGUAAAGGAAUUGAACCUGACGAAAAGGAGGAGGAUGGACAUUGCCCAAAAGAAUCUAAAGGAACUUGUUCCGAUAUAUGCGACGAUGAAGGCGAGCUUUACAGAUUUGUUUGUCUGCCUCGCUAUAGGGUGACUGUUGGUGGCGUCAUUGUCCAAAUCUCAUAG